ACUUCUAACAGGCGCUGUAGUCUCUCUCACUCCCUCUCGCUACAGGAUGAUCAAACUUGUUCUGACUAAUCUCAAAAGUCCACCUCUAAAACCCUUCUUAAACCCCAAUAUCUCCUUCAUUCACACUCGUUUACCAAACAAAGAAAAACCAAACUGGAACACGAACCAUUUCUCUGCUCAUUCAAACCCUCUUCUCUCAGUUUUAGAACAAUGUAAAACUCUAGACCAGUUGAAACAGAUCCAAGCUCAAAUGAUCGUAACUGGUUUAAUCCUAAAUGGGUUUGCUUCUAGUCGUUUGAUCGCGUUUUGCGCGAUGUCGGAAUCAGGUAACCUUGAUUACUGUCACUUAAUAUUGAGUAAAACGUAUAACGCUAACUUAUUUUCGUGGAAUCUUGCUAUGAGAGGGUACUCAGAAAGUAAGAACCCUGAAAAAGCUAUAUUUCUUUACAAGGAGUUGUUGCAAUGUGGUGAACUAAGACCUGAUAAUUAUACGUAUCCGUUGUUGCUUAAAACUUGUGGGCAGUUGAAUGCGAUUUCUUUAGGGUAUUCAAUUCUCGGUCAUGUGUUGUGUUUAGGGUUAGAUUCGGAUGCGUACAUUCAUAAUGCAACGAUUCAUAUGUUAGUGUUUUGUGGAGAAUUAGUUUUUGCACGUAAAGUGUUUGAUAGUUGUCUUGUCAGAGAUUUGGUUUCAUGGAAUUCCAUCAUAAAUGGGUAUGUUAGGUGUGGGAAAUUUAAGGAAGGGUUGAAGCUUUUUAGAGAAAUGAGAAUGAAGGAAGUUAGACCGGAUGAGGUAACAUUGAUUUCAAUGGUAUCAUGUUGUUCUCAGAUGGAGGAUUUGAUACUUGGACGAGUAUUUCAUCAGUACAUUGAGGAGAACGGAUUGAAACUUACAGUUCCACUUUGUAACUCGUUGAUGGAUAUGUAUGUUAAAUGUGGGUGUCUUGAAUCAGCAAAGAUUUUGUUUAAUAAGAUGAGUAAAAGAAGUAUAGUUUCAUGGACUACGAUGGUUAUGGGAUAUGCGAAGUUCGGUUUGUUAGACUCAGCGCGAAGGGUUUUUGAUGAGAUGCCGGAAAAAGAUGUUGUUCCAUGGAAUGCAUUAAUCGCAGGUUAUGUUCAAUCCAAGCAAGGGAAAGCAGCUCUGGCAUUGUUCUAUGAAAUGCAAGAUCUGAAUGUAAAGCCUGAUGAGGUAACAAUGGUUAGUUUGUUAUCUGCCUGUACACAACUUGGAGCACUCGAAGUAGGGAAAUGGGUUCAUCACUACAUAGAGAAACAUAAAUUCUCUAUAAAUGUUGCUUUAGGAACCGCCUUAGUUGAUAUGUACGCAAAAUGUGGGAACAUAACGAAGGCUCGUCAGGUUUUUCGGGAGAUCUCAGGGAGGAAUUCCCUAACCUGGACGGCACUGAUCGGUGGAUUGGCACUUCACGGGCAUGCCCAUGAGGCCAUUUCUCACUAUUAUGAGAUGAUCGAUAUUGGAUUGGUGCCUGAUGAAAUCACAUAUUUAGGGGUUUUAUCUGCUUGUUGUCAUGCAGGAUUAGUCUAUGAAGGUCGAAGGUUUUUUUCUCAGAUGACCUCGAAGUUCAAUAUAUCACCAAAACAAAAACAUUAUUCAUGCAUGGUUGAUCUUCUUGGUAGGGCAGGAUUCUUGGACGAAGCAGAGAAGUUGAUUAAGAGCAUGCCAACAGAACCAGAUGCUGUUGUAUGGGGUGCCUUACUUUUUGCUUGUAAAAGUUACGGGAGUGUUGCUAUAGGUGAAAGAGUUGCCAAAAAACUUCUCUUAUUAGAUCCUUCCGAUAGUGCUACAUAUGUAUUGCUAGCAAAUCUUUAUAGAGAAGCAGAAAUGUGGGACAAAGCUAAAGAAGUAAGGAAAAUGAUGAGAGACAGAGGGGUUGAAAAAACUCCUGGUUGUAGUUCAAUAGAAGUGAAUGGUAUUGUUUCCGAAUUUACUGUUAGCGACAAAUCUCAUUCAAAUUCAAAAGAGAUUUACAAGUGUUUAAUAAGUUUGUCCGAACAAUUAAAAAUUGUUGAUUACUUUUCCAGUCUCCAUUGUGUUUUUUAAGCCUAUGGUCUGAGAAGUCAGUAAAGGGUUCUGAUUUGUUGCAUUUUCUAUGGCUGAGGAAGCUACUAGAGCUGUGAAUGGAAUGAAUGGGAAGACGAUAGGACGGAAGCCUCCUUAUGUUGCUAUGGCUCAGCACAGAGGAGAAAGGAAGGCAAGGCUGCGGAUAAUCUACCUGUACCUUGUAUAUUGAGGCACACUUUUCCUAAGUCAGAGCACUUUGUGCCAUGACAUCUCUGCAAAUAGGUAUGCCUGGUUUCCAUCCUGGAGGAUCGAGAUUUGCCCCUCAGCAGUUGUUCCCUGGUCAAGGUACCCCUGGUCUGGUACCAUUCAAGCCUGAUGGCUAUGUAUUUCAGCUGCAACUCAUGCCUGGGAUUUGGCCAGGUGUUGGACCAAACAUAAUGAUGCCAAAUAUAAUGAUGCUAUAUUACUAGGCUGUGUUCGACUAAGAAUGGGGCCGACGAGAGGAGGAAACCCACAACAGAUGCAGCGGCUACAGGUCUGUCAAGCUAAGCUUUUAAUGAAAUUGAUUAUAUGCUAGUAUAUCUGUAUAUUGCCGCUUGCCAUGUUGCAUAUCCUCUAAAUGACUCAUCUUUCUCUUUCCUCUCUCCUCUAUGAUUCUAAAAUCAAAUAUACUCAGCUCAGCCAUUGAUCAUCAUAUCUAAAUGAAUAAGUGGAAAAUGGAUCACCAAGAAGGCAAGAACACAAAUGGAGAACAUAAUUAAAAAUAUUUGAUUAUGUGUAUCUUGAGGGGGGAAAACACGAAGGUAUCACACCGAACUCGAAAAUCCUUAACAAAUUCAUACAGUAAAACACCAUUAACACUUGAAGAAAAAGAAAACUACUCAAUGCAUGGCUUAUCCACCGAUCCUUUAAAAAAACGACAUACCACACUUUACUUUGAAAUUGUUAGCAAAUCCAUGCAGUAAAACGCCAUGA